AUGUUUACUCUACUCUUCUUAAUCCUUGUUAUUUGUGCUCAAUUGCUGAUGGCACAAAAAUCAGAACCAGUCACUUGUGAUUGCGGAUUUAUAGAUGAAAAUGAUCAAAUAUGGCACAAUGUUUGGUACGCGGACUAUAGAAGAUACAAACACAUCUCGCGUAACGAUGCCUACCAUCAACUUAUGGACUAUACCGUCCCUCCAAAGCAAAAUUAUACACUCGCUCGCGUAUUCUCUCCUCAGAAUAUCGAAAUGGACGCAUAUGGUUUAUCUCUUCGUGUCAAGAAUCAGAAAGACAAGUACACGUCUGCUGCUAUUGGCACAAGAAGGUCUGAUAUUCUCUAUGGUACAUUCCGUGCUCGGAUGAAGACAAGUCAAAUAGCCGGCACGGUUGCUGCCUUUUAUUACUAUCGCAACACGACAAGUGAGAUAGAUAUUGAAACACUCAGCAAAUUGAGAAAUCCUGCACAGGUUUACUUUGCCAUUCAACCACAGAUUUAUAAUCCAGAUGGCUCUGCUUCACCUCAAACGCACCACAGGUAUCCUAUGCCGUUUGAUCCUACCCAAGAAUAUCAUGAGUAUCGUUUCGACUGGAUGCCUGGCUUAGUCAAGUUUUAUAUAGACGGUCUCUUUGUUCGGGACAUGACAAUCAAUGUCCCAGAGACGCCUGGACGCAUCAUGAUCAAUCACUGGACAGAUGGUAAUCCUAACUUCUCUGGUGGCCCUCCAGAGGAAGACGCAGACUUGAUCGUCUCUCAUCUCAACAUGUUUUUCAAUUCUUCUGAGCAAAUCGAACCUCCUCCAUGUCAAAAGUCCAAGGAGCCAUGCAAAGUGCAAGACAUUAUGAGUAAUAAUCUAUUGCCUGGUACAGCCUUGUCCUCUGCAAGUAUCACAUCCUAUAACCAAUUCUUUUAUCUUUUCUUGUUUGUUCUUUUUACCCAAUUUUAA